UGUGUGUGUGUGCGCGCGAUUGAGAGAGAAAGAGAGAGGGAGAGUGUCUGCCGCCGCCUCUCACAGUCUUUGCUCAGAGUGGCUGUGUUGUUUGGCCAGAGCAGUCAGCAGAACCGAGCUGGUCGACCGCAGAGAGCCAUUUAAACACAGGUCGUUUGGUUCGGGCAUGAAAGAUGGAGCUCUCGGCGGUGGGAGAUCGUGUUUUCGCCGCGGAAGCCAUACUGAAACGCCGCGUCCGUAAGGCAAGACUGGAAUACUUGGUCAAAUGGAAAGGAUGGGCAAUGAAACACAGCACCUGGGAGCCAGAGGAGAAUAUUUUGGAUGACAGGCUGAUACUGGGCUUUGAGCAAAAGGAGCGGGACAGGGAGGUGAAUGGACCGAAGAAGCGGGGACCGAAACCUAAACACUUGAAGGCUCGUUCUCAGAAAAGAGAGCCCAGCAACCAGUCCUCCAGUGCUCGCAAGAAUACAUCGCGCUCCGCUUCCAGCCGAGCAGCUCCCUCCUCCUCUGCCGCACCUCACCAUUUACCGUCUUCAUCCUCCUCUUCCUCAACUGUCGCGCCCUCUCCUAAACUCAACUCCCUUGCUGCCACACACAAGCUCAAGAAGGACAUUCACCGUUGCCACCGGAUGUCCAGGCGUCCUCUGCCCCGCUCUGACCCUUUGGCAUCCACUUUCUCCAACCCCAGUGGUUUCCCUUCGCGUAUGCACGUUUCCCCCUUCUCCGAGACCGUCCGCAUCCUCAACCGCAGGGUCAAGCCCCGGGAAGUCAAGAGAGGUCGAAUCAUCCUCAACCUGAAGGUCAUUGACAAGCCAGGAAGAGGCGGCGCAGCAGCAGGAAGUAGGAAUAUUACAGCGGGACGCCAAAACAUCCCCUCCCGCAAUCGUAUCAUUGGGAAAAAGGGAGAGGCUCCGUACAGACCUUUCCAGCCUCCUCUGAAGAUGUUGGGCUUCCCAAUGUAUGGGAAGCCAUUUGGGCUGCAAUGUGGAGGCCCUCUGCCUUUCCACGCCCACCCAGGGUCACGCUCCAGCACAGCGGCCAGGAACAGCCACACCUCUUCCUCUCAGUACCAGUCUCCUCCCUCUCCUUCCACCUCCAGCGGCUCCGAAGGAAAAUCUCCCACCGCCUCAGCUGCACAGUCCCAGUCCACCACUGCGGCUUCUCCCUCCAGCCAGGAUCCCAAGCCCAGCAAACCUCACGCAGAGACCCAGAAUUCCCCCCACAGCACCAAGCACCCGGCUCCUGCCACAUCCUCUGAUGCAAACCUAGCAGUGCAAGCGCCGCCCGUCCUCCCCUCCUCACCGUCCCCUUCUUUAGAGGAUGACAAUGAGGAGGAGGUAGAGGAGGGUGCCCUGGACCGAAAAAAUCCUCGCCAACGCCACGCGAAACACCCUCCGCCCACUACUCCCCCCUCCACCUCCCCUGGUGACCAGAGCUCCGCCCCCACUGAAACCCAAAGGGUGCCUGCUGAGGGAGACCCAGACUGGUACCCAGAAAUGGCACCAAGCUGCAAGGACGUCGUGGUCACCGACGUCACCACCAACCUCGUCACCGUCACGAUAAAAGAGUUCCCCUCCCCGGCCUCCUGCCCCGCCUCCCCCUCCGCUCUCCCUGAAAAUGCCUCCUCCCCGUCCCCCGCCUCCGACAUCCCCUCCCCAGCCAAGCCAUAAGAGAGCAGGUGCUAUGAAGGUGAUUGCCAUUGAUGGUUAGAAAAAUAUCAUGCCAAUGUUGCCACUUCAGACCCUUCCUACCUUUUCCCGUAAAAGGUGUGUCCAUAAUGAUGAAAUGUAAUGUAAAUUUACAUCACCCAGCCAUUGAAUAGUGAAAAAAAAGAGCAUAUUUUUGUUAAAUAGAAGAUAUAUAAAUUGGAAAAGGGGGCAGCUUUCUUUCUUAAAUUGCCAUAUUUUGUCCACUUGCACAGCACGGACUCUCUGAAGCGGACUUGGAUGGAAACGGUGUUUGUUGUCGUUCACUCGCUCCUGACAUGUUGAGUGAAUCUUGUUGAUUGUAGCGCGAAUGGAAACGUGUUUCCGUCUGGUGCUUUGGUUGAGAUUUCAUCAAACAAGUUGACGCGUGUGAAGGAAACAAACGCUCUUCACUUCACAUCCUCGCUCUGCCUCAGUCUGUCGUACACAGCCAAUGAGGUGUUAUGCCGAUUUCCUGCCCCCCUCCUUCCACGCCCGCCCGCCUACCCGCCCCCAAGAAGUCCAGCUUGUCAAUGAUAAAUGAGGUGGUGUGUUUUUUUUUUGCACUUAACACAGCUGGACUUUCAUAUAUUGCAUCAAUACAUUGAGGUAAUUGCAAUGCACUUGACGGCGUCAAAAAAAAUCCAACAUAUUCUAUGUAGUUCCAUCAAUUUUUCAAUUUUUUCAAGCCCCCCCCCCGAACGCACAUGCAUACACAGUACGUACAAUAUGAGUAAGUAUUUACGAUAUGCACGCACAACCUUUAGAAGCUGCAAAAGAAUAUACAGAAAGUAGUUCUUAAGUUAUUGUGUCCUCGCUGUCUCUCCCUGCUUGCCUUUUUUUGUGUCACAAACCCACCACGUUCAGCAAAUCUGUAAACGUCCACCAAGACUCUAAACUGGUCCUGAUUUCAGUCGGUAAAGAUUUGCACAAUAUAAUGUCAAGGUCUAGAAGGUCCAUGGGCUGAACACAGUAGUUGAGCUACACAUUAUAGGGGUUGGAGGACUGCGUGCAUGUGUAGCCAGGUAGCUUAGGCUCCUUAAAGUCACCGUUUGUCUGUUAAAGCCUGCUUCACACUGGAGGAUUUUCAAAUCGCAACAAACUAAUGGCUUUUCCGGCGUUUCCACCGGCUCGCCUCGGCACGGUUAAGUUGCGUUUCCACUAGUCUAGUGCCUGGUACCAUGUACUUUUUUAGUACCUUCCGACACAAGAAUCAAGCCGAACAGUGCCGAACUGUCGAUCAGUUAAAGACUUAACGAUCCUCAAAAUGUGGGUUAAUGUCUAACAAUUACCAGGGAAAUGUCUAAAAUCGGUCACAAAGGAAGUGUUGAACAAAUAGUUUUAAUGAACUGAUUCUAAUGAUUUACCCUGAAAGCCACUGUUUUACAAGUCACUAGUCACUCGUUUGUGGGUGUCGCGUGUAAAAUGAAGUCAUGUGCCGUGAUGACUCCGCCCACGUUGAGUAGGUACUAUUUUUGUUGUGGAAAACCAAAUGAUAUGGCUAGUUAUCCUCUCGUGGGGCAGGCUUUACCUUCCAAAUUGGCAGGCAGAGCAAAGACCUUUCCACUCUCCCUGCCUUCCUUGUUUGCUUGUAUGUAUGUAGUUGGUCUUUUAGCUAACAGUGCUUUAUUUGUAUGUUUCUCAAGUGCUGGUUUCUAAAGAAUUGGGAUUGUGUAGCAUGGCUCACAGUAUCCUGCCACAUAUAUUUAAAUAACUGGAGGAAUGUAACCAGUCAAGACUUUUGCCAAUCAUGUGAGGCUAGACAUCCUAUUGUGUGUGACGCUUGGCGAGUACGUACUCCCAGCUGACGUGUACUUGCUAUUUUGCCACACAUUCCCAUAGACCACCAGAGUAAUCUUAAGGUUUAGGUGUUUACAUACAGCAUUGAUGCAUAUUAGGUGUCUCGACACAUUUUAGACCACAUGGAACAAGCAAAAUUUAAUUUUGUAUAUUAAGAACAACAUGGCGACCGUUGCGAUGAAGAAACUAAACCCAUUAUACAUUUUUUUUUUCUGGUGCUGCCUGCUCUUUGACUUCCCCAGACCUUGGCUCUUACUCUGAUGUACCUGUGUUUUCAGUAUUUAAAACAGCAAAUGUUCCACAUGUAUUGCCUUAUAGCUGCUCCAUUCAACCCCAGUUACACUCCAGGUGAUGUUUACCUCGUCAAGUCAAGUUCUUUCAAAUGAAACAACAACUCUUCCUUAUAUCAUAGCGUUAGCAUGUUUACUUUAUGUAUUACUUAACCACAAACUGUAAUAACUCUUGACUGUUAAUGUCUCUCGAGUGCAGCGUCCUCUGUGUCAUGGUCAACCACUGACAAGGAAGAUGUUGCCUCCUUUCCUUGUCACGUGCUGGAGGGUUCUAGGUGUUGUCGAUACAGUUUUCAAUACUCUUCAUAGGUUACAAAAUGGAAGGAUUUAUUCCAGAACGGCAAAAUCAAUAGCGCAAUUGAUAAAAGUAAAGUGUUUUCUUCUCCAUGGAUUUGCUGCACUCUGGAAUAGAUUUUUCCAUCUACUUUAAUAUCUUAAAUGGUGGUUAGAAGUGACUUUCUUGCAGUUGGUAGAUGUGUAAGGUGUUAGGCUGCUAUGCGCCAACAGUAAGCGAUGUUUUCCUUGUUUUUCUUUCUCACACGGGGGUUAGCACAUCUCAACUUUAGUGGCCUGUGUCUCAACCAAAUAGGGCUCUUGAUUUUGCUAUUUGAAUUUUGUAAGUUUUUAUUGUUUUCCCUUUUUUUCAAUUUGUUUGUGAUGUCAUUUCAAGUGCUACGUUUAUCUGGCGCAAAGGAAGGAAUCCUUGUUUAAAUGUGGAUAAAGAUGCUUCAUGAACUGAAUUGUGCCGUUUUAAGCUGUUUGUCCCCUUUUGUACUGUAAUAGUUGUUUUUUAAAGAUAUGCAUAAUGAUGUUAAUGUGAUGCUGUCCAUUAAAAAUGCCAUAUCUUAUAGUCCAACUCCGAUUUAUUCAUGUGUCGGGACAGUUUUUGUCUUGAUUUGUAUGAGUUUAUGUGCGUUGUUAUUCACGGUAAUGGCGACGAUGACGAGGUGGAGGAUAAUGAUGACAGUGAAAUGUAUCUGAACUUCUGAAGCAUGUUUUGCAAAAACCUUAUUGUACAGAUGAUGAUGUAUUGGGUGUCAUGUUAACCAUUACUAUUGUUGCUUUCUGUGUGUUUCUUGUACAAGGCUUUUAAUUAAAAGCUCUGAAAAAGCA